AACUUUUCAACAUGGAGAGAAUCUAUAAAACUCUCACUUGGCAUGAUGGAUCUCGACCAAGCACUGAGAAUGGAUCCACCAGGUGCUCCUAAUGAUGAAAGCACUGUGGAACAGAAGCGUUCUUAUGAACAGUGGGAGAGGUCCAACCGAAUGUGCCUCAUGGUGAUUAAGAAUUCCAUAUCUGUAGCCAUUCGCGGAGCCAUUCCUGACUCUGAAAAUGCGAAGACCUACCUAGAAUAUGUGGAAGAACAAUUUAAGGGCACUUCUAAAGCACAUGCCAGUACCCUAAUUCUCAAAAUGUUGACGAGUAAGUAUGAUGGAGUAAGUGGUAUUCGUGAGCACAUCAUGAAAAUGUCUGAUAUGUCUAACAAGCUCAAAAGUAUGGACAUGGAGAUCAGUGAAGGUUUCCUCGUUCAUUUCAUAAUGACUUCUCUACCUGCGUCUUAUGGUCCAUUCAAGAUCAAUUACAACACGCAGAAAGAGAAGUGGACAAUGAGCGAGUUGAUUGCUAUGUGUGUUCAAGAAGAAGAGCGCCUUAAAGCUGAAAGACCAGAUGUUGCUCAUCUCACCACCACAAACUCAAAGAAAAGGAAAGCCAACCGUCAAGGAGGAGGAAAAGGUAACAUUUCUAAGGUCCAAAGAUAGGUGCAAGCGUGAACUCUGGUCCCUACUGUAAGUUUUGCCGUUUCAAAGGGCAUUACCAGAGGGAGUGUCCUAAGUUUAAGGCAUGGUUGACUAAGAAAGGGAUUCCAUUCAAUCCGGACAUUGGGAAGAAAGCAAAGAGUGAUUAAGGUGGGCAACGGAGAAGAAUUAGAAGUGGAGGCCAUUGGAACUAUCUCA